AUGUGCGGUCCAUGGAGUAAAUCAACAGCAGUGUCCAGCCCUGUGCCCACCCUCUCAUUACAGACCCUGGGAGCACAGUACACCAUCCUAAGGACCAUUGGCCAGGGCGGCUGUGCCCAGGUGAAGCUGGCCCACCACCGCCUCACGGGUGCUGCUGUGGCGAUAAAAGUCCUGCAGAAGUGGCAAAACCAGGCCUACCCAAUUAGGUCUGAAGUGGGGAUCAUGAAGAUGGUGAACCAUCCCAACAUCAUCUCACUGCUUCAGAUCAUUGAAACCGAAGAGAACAUCUUUCUGAUUCUGGAACUGGCUGAUGGAUGUGAGCUGUGGGAUUGGAUCCAGCAAGUUGGCUACCUGCAUGAGGGCUUGGCCCGGAAAAUAUUCAGGCAGAUCGUACAUGCCAUGUGCUACUGCCAUGACCUAGGUAUAGUUCACAGGGACCUCAAACCAGAUAACAUCAUGGUGGAUCCCACAGGCAAAGUCAAAGUCAUAGACUUUGGGCUGGGUGCCCUAGUUACGCCCGGGAUGAAACUUUCUAGGUUCUGCGGUGCCUUACAAUUUGGUGCUCCAGAAUGCUUCCUGCGCCAACCCUAUGAUGGCACCAAAGUAGACACAUGGAACUUGGGUGUUCUCCUGUAUUUUAUAGUGACAGGGACCUUGCCAUUUGAAGGUGACACCUUUCAAGAGCUUGAGUGCCAAGUUUUGCUAGGAGAGUAUGAUGUUCCCCCCCAUUUCUCACAAGAGCUGCAGGACAUUAUCCGAUGCUUAUUAACUGUAAAUCCUAUGGAGAGACCAACACUGAAGGAUAUUAUGGAGCAUCCUUGGCUUAGGCAAGAAGAUGAGGGUUCAUCAAACCAUUGUGAUGAUAUGAACCCUAGUUGCCUGGACCCUGCAAUCAUGACUGCCAUGGCAGAUAUGGGGUUCAACCCACAUGACAUCCAGAAAUCUUUACUCCAUAGGUUGUUUAAUGAACCCAUGGCAACUUAUGGCCUAUUGCAAUGCCAGGCACGUAAACAGGAUGACUCCAUCAGCCAAGCCGAGCCAGUGCAACCAGGAAUAACACCCUUCCCGACUCCCACAGAUUCUGCCACCUUCCCUUGGUACCAAAAGAGGACAGUUGACAGGCCAGCCAUUCGAGUCUUUCUCUCAUUAUCCUUGAAAAGUGACUCUCCAGAGGACAGCCAGCAGGUAGGGAAGAGGCUGAGAACUGCCACCAUGCCUGUAAUUCCCAGCCACUGCCUACAGAAGAGGACACCCAUUCCUGAUGCUUUUGGGGUCUCCACAAAGACACAGCACAGUGGAACUACAGAUACAAUCCAAGGUGCACUCAGGGCCUGGGAGAGGAGGAUGAGGAGGAUUGGGGCCAGUUUAUUACAGCUCUGCUCCUGCCUGCCACCCAAGAAGAAAAAAGUGGUACCCCAAAAGGAGGGAUAG